CGAGGCGAGGAACUCCCGUUCUUUCUCUCGCUCCCCCUCGGCUUCCCUCUCUUUUGUUUUUCUUGUCCCUUUCUCCCCGUUUAUUGUUGUUAUUAUUGCCUAGUGCUAUUAUUUAUUCUCAUUAUUCUUUCCUAAGCAAGCGAUACUCGCUGCUUCUCUCUCAUCAUCGUCGUGAUCGAUCGUUUGCCAGGAAAUUUCCUCUUCUGGGCAUCAUCAUCAUCAUCAUUCAUUGUCCUUCCCCUCUCCGAAUCGUACAUUCUUCUCUCUCUUUUUCUCUCUUUCGCAUUGAUAGUGGAUGGAUGGAUGGAUGGAGGGAUCACGUUCCCCGUAAUUUUUUUUUUUUGUUUGAAUUUCACUUGUUCCCCUGUUUGCUCCUCGCGAUCCCGGCGUCAACAGAAUUCUCCUCUCCUACUCCUUCUUCGUGGGUGCCUAAACCCUAGAGCACAUAUCUCUCCAUCCCCUCUUUCCUCUGUCCCAGGCGGUUGCGGUUGCGGCGGCUCUCCCUCCCAGUCAACUCAAGAAGAUCUUCGCUACAGAUGGGUUUGGUUAAUGGUAGAUCAGACAAUGAGUUUGAGGAUGAAGGCCCUGUUAGCCCUGUGACAAUUGCUAGGAAGUCUCUUGGUUUGGACAGAGGCCAGCAUGGAACCCUUUCGGAUGCUGAACAAGAAUUUUCUGUAAAAUAUCUGAAGAGUGAACUGCUCAGGAGCAUGAAGGUUGUUCUAUUUACAGCCAAGAUCAAUAUAUUGAUGCCUUGUGGGCCUGUAGCGGUCUUGAUCAAUUAUUUAACUGCUAACCAUGCAUGGGUUUUCUUUCUAAGCAUGUUGGGUAUUAUUCCUUUAGCAGAACGUUUAGGAUUUGCUACUGAGCAGUUAGCAUUCUUUACUGGACCAACAGUAGGUGGUCUUUUAAAUGCUACCUUUGGUAAUGCAACGGAAUUGAUAAUAUCAAUCUUUGCACUAAAAGGCGGAAUGAUACGUGUUGUUCAACAAUCACUUUUGGGAUCUAUAUUGUCAAACAUGCUGCUGGUCCUUGGAUGUGCAUUCUUCAGUGGAGGGAUUGUUUUUAACAAAAAGGAGCAGGUUUUUAAUAAGGCAACUGCUGUAGUGAACUCUGGAUUGCUUUUAAUGGCAGUCAUGGGCUUACUGUUUCCUGCUGUGCUCCACUACACCCAUACUGAAGUACAAUAUGGCAAGUCGGAAUUAGCCCUUUCAAGAUUUAGCAGCUGCAUUAUGCUUGUGGCUUAUGCUGCCUAUCUCUUUUUCCAGUUAAAAAAUAGAAAUAUGUAUGACCCAGUUCACGAGGGAGGAAGCCAGCAUGCAGGUAGCUUAGAUGAUGAGGAAGUUGCUGAGAUUUCUCAAUGGGAGGCAAUCAUCUGGCUUGCAAUUUUGACUGCUUGGAUUUCAGUCCUCUCUGAAUACUUAGUUGAUGCCUUACAGGGAGCUUCAGUUUCAUGGAGAAUUCCUGUUUCUUUUAUAAGUGUUAUUUUGCUCCCAAUCGUGGGGAAUGCUGCUGAGCAUGCAAGUGCCAUUAUAUUUGCCAUGAAGGAUAAACUUGACAUUUCCCUUGGAGUUGCAAUAGGAUCAUGUACGCAAAUAUCCAUGUUUGGGAUCCCAUUCUGCGUGGUAAUAGGGUGGAUUAUGGGACAACCAAUGGACUUAAAUUUUCAACUUUUUGAGACAGCAACUCUCUUUAUUACCGUAUUAGUUGUAGCCUUCAUGUUGCAGGAUGGAUCUUCGAACUACUUCAAAGGUUUAAUGCUUAUUCUUUGCUAUCUAAUAGUAGCUGCCAGUUUCUAUGUGCAUGUUGAUCCUGCCUCUGUUGGUGAGCUCCUCACAACCACAAUUUCUGGACGUAUUUUGAAGACAAACCUCCCCAAGGCUAGGAGUUAGGGAUUUAUACUCGUAGUCACAGUAACUCAUGCUCAACCAUGUCCAGCUGCCUCAUGAUAUUUGGUCUUUGGUACAGUUCCAUACCACAGACUGAUUCCUCAGAAUUAUCUGGUUUCGUUGUUCUCUGCUUCAAAUUUCAGCUGUGAUAGGGCACAAGAUUUAUUUAGAAAGGUUUAUUUAUGUAAUUUGUAGAUGAAAACCGGGAUGAUGUAAAAAUGCUGAAAUAUAAUAAAAAAAUGAUAAUAUCUAACUGCUGUCA